AUGCUAAAGGGGUCUUUGCAAGGCAUUCUCUACUAUCUCACCCCUCAAUUCGACCGACUGAAAGACCCUAGGGUGUGGGUCGAUGCAGCCACGCAAAUCUUCUUCUCAUUGGGUUGCUGUUCUGGAUCGCUUAUUGCAAUGUCUAGCUACAAUCCAUUCAAGAAUAAUUGUUGCAGAGAUGCGAUAAUCGUGGCGUGCAUCAAUUGUCUCACUUCCAUCUACGCUGGUUUCGUUGUAUUCGCCAACCUGGGUUUUAUGGCAGAACAGAAGAAUGUCUCCAUGGAAAACGUUGCCAAGGCUGGUAAGAAUUCAUGA